UGACCUGAAGGUUGAGCUCAAGAACACUCCCAGGCAAGUCACUGAAGUUUUCCCUUUGUCCUGCCUCCUGACCUCUGCUCUUCCCUGACUGCCCUUGAAAAAUGGACCGAUCCUCACGAGAACUUUUCCUCAACUUCAUGAUCGUCCUGAUCACUGUGUUGCUUAUGUGGCUCCUAGUGAAGUCUUAUCAGGAGUGAAAGACAUCAGAAACUCUGGGAGGUGGUUUAAGUGUGUGUCUGCAGGCAUAAGUAACAUCCACAGCACGCCACUGCGAUUAGCUUUCAGUCAGUUGCAAGUGUCACGAGUCUUUUUUCAACUCUCUCCUACCUGUUGCUUGUGCUAAAGUUUAUGAUGGGGCUAUGUAACUGUUUUAUUCUGUAACAAUCUACCUGUAAAGUGUAAAAUGCAAGAUCCUUAAGAACUAUUGGAUGUGGCUGCCUCCUCUGGUGACUGCUGUGAAUGCUCUAGGCCCCUGCCCUCCACCCAGUGUGUUAGGCAUUGGUGUUAGGCUCUUGAGGGUGUGAAAAUGCAGUAUGCAAUGCAGCUAACUGAA